UUCCCAUGCGUCCUCUGUCACCGCGAUCGACCUCGUCGGGGGUCAAACUCUGUCACAAACUUCAGCAGAUGGGCUGUCCAUUGGAGCUAAUGCCGCACAUGUUCCAUGAACUUUACCAGUCACCAUCGGUGCGUCUCCACGCGUUUCUCCACUGGUUUCUGGACGUGGUGUCGCCUGACCAGUCCACGGCAAAGCAGUUUACAGCGGCCGAGCAGGCAGUUCUAGCCUCCCUACAUCUCGAAUCUGGCGAUGAGCUGCAAGCGAAGGAGUCCAUGCAACAAGUGGACGACGAUGAAUCGCGCCUUCUUGCCGAUAUUGCGCGACUGGAGCGGCAGCAUUCGAAGGAAUCAAGGAAAGCGGAUAUCCUGCGCCGGCACAUUGCGGCCACAGAAGGCCAAGCAGUGCGAAUGGGUCCAAGACAAGUGCAUACAUACCCCCUGGAAACUUCUAGCGGCAUGGAAGCUCUCGAUCAUAUCCUUGACCAUUUGGCUGAAGGAUCGAACGCGUUGGAGUUAGCCGUACUGAGUCCUACGUCUUGCAUUUCCUUGAGCGUUCAAGAGGACAAGAUGCUCGAUCACAUCCAAGCGCAUGUGAUGCCAUACUUUCAAAAUUCGUCGCCACCGCGCCAACUUUCCGUGAUUGCCGAGUCCCCCAUGCAGUCCCACACUGUCACAUGGAUGUUGGAAGCAUUGGCCGCGCACGACGAGAUUCUGGCGGGGGGUUCAUUCGAUUACAACCAGUCGUGGUCGCAAGCGAUUGAGCAGUGGCGGGCCGAGUUCGUGGCAGUGGAAAUGGCCUGGUUGCAGGCCAACCUGACACUUCGAGACGACCAAGUGGCCUCACCCAGCCAAUCCCAUUUGGACGAGGGCGAAAUCGCUCAAUGGAUGGAGCAUACUGUGCCAGCAUUGUUGGACGCCGUGGCCGACGCUAGGGUAUCGUCCCUUGUCGUUGGGGAUUACCCCAACAAGUACCUCCGCCAAGAGCGUCAUUUGGAGCACCUGGAUCACGUGCUGGACGAACUAGAAUGGCAGACCGCGCGACUUCAGCUGAUGGCCCUCGUGUUGGCCCACGAAAAGAACCUCAUCACGGCGUUCCAAUCGUCGAUGGACGCGAUGUUACGCGACAUGCAGCGGCAGCUCCUGGUCGUGGUAGAUCGAAUGGGGGUACUUUUAUAUGAGAUUUUUCCCGAGAUGUUCGUUUAAAACAGAUGCCGAGCACAGGCGCCGUUGGCACGUGCUCCCCCGUCACCCCCCGAACAACGCCGCCCAGCAGAUACAAAUAUCCAAGUUUCGCAAGUGCACUCGAUGCAACGGCAGGUGCGGCAUGACUGGGUAGUGCUGGGGCACGCUCAAGAAAGACUAGUCGACCAGCUCCGCGAGAUCCUAACGAGCGCGCCCACGGUGACCGAGCCCCUUCACCAAGUUUGCCGGCUCAAAGACUUGGUCGAAACAGAUUUGGCACACGCCAUCGAACGCAUCCACACGACAAGCAGCAGCAGCCUCCGACCUUGACCUCCGACGAUAGUUUAAUUAGUUUAUUUAUCCAUCUUGUCCGCGAGA